AUGCAAACCUCAGAUGCGAACAGCUCGCGUUUGAAUUAUAAAUAUAACCUCAACGGUGAUACUGGUUUCUCCCACGGCGCCUAUCAUUCAAACCAAAAUCCUCAGGGCUUCUCCAACCGAUCUCGUCGCAUCAAUAUCCCUGCUAUCAAUACCGCCGCCACUGGCCAGAACAACGAUCUGAACGGUUUCGAUAUGAACUUUACUCCACUCCUCCCUUCACAGUUGCUAGUUGGCAGCCCCUUCCAGCCCGGUACCCCUUCAGCCUUUGCCUCCCCUCAGUUUGCAACUUUCGGAGGCUUUCCCCAAGCCAAUGGCAAUGGACAUGGACAGAACUCCCAUAAUCAGCUCGGUAGCCCGACGCAAGGCAUGCAGAACCCCGGAUUGUACCCCGGGAUGCUCUCGACCGAUGGAUUGAGUGCCUCACAGCUUAUGGGUGGCCCUCAGUCCCCAAUUAACGGGAUGAGCUAUGGUAGUGGGUUAGGUAGUCCUUCGGCGUCAGUCUCCCCGGGGAUGCUAUCGGGAACCAGUCGCACCGUGUAUCUUGGAAAUAUUCCCGCUGAAACAAGCGCCGAGGAAAUCCUAAACCAUGUGCGUAGCGGUCAGAUCGAGUCGGUGCGUCUGCUGCCCGAUAAGAACUGCGCUUUCAUCUCCUUUUUGGAUAGUAGCUCUGCCACCCACUUCCACUCUGAUGCCAUCUUGAAAAAGUUGGCCAUCAAGGGUAAUGAUAUCAAGGUGGGUUGGGGAAAGCCUUCCCAGGUCCCUACUUCUGUUGCAUUGGCUGUCCAACAGUCUGGCGCAUCACGUAAUGUUUACCUGGGUAAUCUGCCUGAAGAGACGACUGAAGAGAACCUGCGAGAGGAGUUGGGCAAGUUUGGGCCCAUUGAUACAGUGAAGAUUGUCAAGGAAAAGGCAAUUGGUUUUGUCCAUUUCUUGUCAAUCAGCAACGCAAUAAAGGCGGUGGCACAGCUCCCCCAAGAGCCGCAAUGGCAGGCGCCUAAGCGUGUCUUUUAUGGUAAGGACCGCUGCGCGUACGUGUCCAAGACUCAGCAGCAGAAUGCAGCACAGUUCCUGGGAAUUGCCCCUGGUUACGCACAUGUGCUCAACUCUGCCGACCGAGACUUGAUCUCAAACGCCCUCGCUCAGCAAUCUGUCGCUGCCGCUGCCGUAGCUACCACGGCAGGCGGCGUCAACAACUUGGGCAACCGAACUAUAUAUCUGGGAAACAUUCACCCUGAAACUACCAUUGAAGAGAUCUGCAACGUUGUGCGUGGAGGUCUGCUGCAUCACAUCCGAUACAUUCCUGACAAGCAUAUCUGCUUUGUUACAUUUAUUGAUCCUACCUCCGCCGCCUCCUUCUAUGCCCUGAGCAACCUACAGGGUCUGAUGAUUCACAACCGACGACUGAAGAUUGGCUGGGGUAAGCACUCCGGCCCUCUGCCACCUGCCAUUGCACUGGCGGUAAGUGGCGGCGCUUCUCGCAAUGUCUACGUCGGAAACUUGGAUGAGGCUUGGACGGAAGAGCGGCUCCGCCAGGACUUCUCUGAGUACGGCGAGAUUGAGUUGGCCAACACCCUGCGCGAGAAGAGCUGUGCCUUUGUCAACUUUACCAACAUUGCCAAUGCAAUCAAAGCUAUUGAAGGUGUACGGAACCGCGAGGAGUACCGCCGCUUCAAGAUCAACUUUGGCAAGGACCGUUGUGGUAACCCGCCGCGCCAAGCUGGGCAUAACCAGCAGAAUCGCAAUGGCAUCGACGACGUUCAGUCGCCCUCAGCUUCGAAUGGAUUCCAGAAUCUAAGCCAGUCAGGCUCUCAGUCAAGCCCCACUCGCCCUGCUCUGUCCCCUGGAUCUGGUUCCACUGGUUCGCAGAAUGGCCAACAGCUCCGUCAUCCACUUCAGAACGUGUCUUCUCCUUCUAGCGUGUUGAAUGUGGGCUCCAACAACCCAUUGACCAUGUACCUGAACCAGAUUUCCGCUCAACAGGCCCAGGAUCAAGAGAAUCGACUGAACGACCCUAUGCUGAGCCUGCAAGGCCAGUCUCAGCAGUCCCUGUACAACAACAGCAGUGGUGAACUUGACUCGCCUUUGCACCAUCAAAAGACUUCAAACUAUCUGAGUGUUGGUACCUCUGGUCCUGGGCACCACUCCACCGCCAGUACUAGCAGCCUGAGUGUUCCGCGUGCAUCACACUCGCGGGCUGUAAGUCUACCUUCCUUCUCCCAGGAACCCUUUGGACCGGUCGCGGGACAACACCUCCGCACCGGCGCCCACCAGCCCCAGAGCAGCUUCUCCAGCUUCUCCUCUGCCCUCAGUGGAAUCAACCACCCUGGCUUUGGACUUGCUAUUCAGAACGAGAACUCCCUACCCGGAUGGGUUGAAGAGGAAAUCGGUGCUAAAUAG